AUGGCCCCGGCAGUAGUCGUCGCGGAGAAGUGUGCGGCGAUGAUGCGGGGCCAGGUUCAAAAGCUAUCUACGAACUAUAGGAUAUCCAUCGCCAACCAUGAGGUCCACAAUAUCCCGCAGAUUGAGCCAUCCAUUCAUCAUGUGUACAUCAGCAAAACCAUCAUCCAAUGGUGUUGCAUGGCCACGGCGCUCGAAACUGGCCUACCCUUCCCGGAAAUCGCAAGCGCCGCCUCAUACCGGCCAACUCCCAUCUCGCCCGACAGAAUCUGGCAGUUAAACAUCUGCGCAGAUGGACACCGGCAAUGCCGCCUCCUCCUCGGCAACCCUGACCAACAUCUCCCCGAUCUCCUUCUCCCUCUUUCGAGCACGCUCCUCAUCCAUGUCCGUACUCCCUCCGCCUCCGCCUACUCCGUCUCCUGGUUUUCCGUCUUCACCUUGCCCAACCACGAGCGCGCGCCCACGAAGCUCUCUACCUACCGUGAGUUCGUAUUCAUGCUUCAGGGCAACGUCUACCUCCGCUACAACCCUUUCGCUACUCCUGACGAAUUCAAGAAGUAG